AUGCCUGAAGCCUGUUGCCAUUAUCAUAGCUCCGAUCACUCAAUCCUCAGACUCACUGUGCUCGGCGCCGUGAAACGAAGUAUGUCUGUUCUCUUGUUUCCCAAUCAGCUGCUAGAUACCCGAGAAGUUAUUCGGCAGGUACACCACGCAAGACAGAGCACAGUACUCGCGAAAUCCUUCCUCGAGAAGGCGUAUCAUGCACUUCGGGAUGAGGUUUGGAAUCUCCAUCGGGAUGUGAGAGAUGAGAUUCCGCCUUUCAACAGCGCUUUUGAUCUCAGUGAGAGACAUGCUGCCUCCAAGAUUCAACGAGUGGAAGUUUCAAGUGCUCUCCUCUGUAUCUCUCAACUAGCACAAUUCAUCGGCCACAACGAAAAGAAGAACCAGUAUAGCCUGGAUACCAACGACGGUCUCCUUGUCGGUGCUGGCUUGGGUCAGCUAUGUGCUGCUGCUAUCGCAUGUGCGGCUACUAUAGUUGACCUCCCCGAUGUUGCUGUUGAAGCUGUUAGGCUGGCAUUUCGCACUGGUUCAGUUGUGGAGACAUUUUCUAUCCAGGGUAAACGUUCAGAAGAGUCAGGCGGUGCUUGGAGCAUAGUUGUUCCAAUUGCAUCGCAGAAUAUUCAGGACGAACUUCGAAACAUACAAGACGAUGCAAAACUACCAAUCGCUGGGAGAGCAUUUGUUACUUCUAUCAGUGACUCAGAAUGUACGAUCAGUGGCAGUCCUGCACGCCUCGACUGGCUAAGGCAUCAUUCCGACCUGCUGAAAUCAACACAUGUUCGCAUGCUACCGAGCAUGGGAGUAUGGCAUUCAGGGGAUGUUUACAGCGAUGAACAAGUACGAGAAGUGAUCCAGUCGCGGUCCCUUGCCCUCGGCAGGCUCAGCCCACCGAAAAGAGCAAUCGUUUCUGCGAGUACCGGAGAGAAAUCGCGCGCAAACGCUGCACUUUCUUUAUUCACAGAAACCAUCCAAGAUAUCCUCAAGCAUCCAAUUCAGUGGUCCUCAAUCUUCAAGACUGUUGCGGACAAUCUUUCUCAACCAGAUAUCACGACAGUCCAACUAUUCGGCUUUGAGCAAUGUCCCAUGACAGAAAUUCUCAAAACUUUCGUCGAAAGCAAUACAGCAAAGCCGGUCACGGUCAUAGCGUUAGCAAGCUUGUCAUCACUACCACAGCCUUCCGAGCCAGAAUGCAAGGUACCGAGCCCGGCGAUCGCCAUUGUCGGGAUGUCUGGGCGCUUUCCAGGUGCGCCCGAUGUCGAUCAGCUGUGGGACCUCCUCGUCCACGGCAGAAACAUGCAUCGCAAGAUACCGAAAGAUCGAUUCGAUGUUGAAACACACUUCGAUCCGGAAGGAAAGAAAAAUAAUUCAAGUCACACCCCAUACGGAUGUUUCAUCGAGGAACCAGGUCUCUUUGAUCCUCGGUUUUUCAGCAUGUCUCCUAGGGAAGCUACACAAACUGAUCCCAUGCACCGAUUAGCAUUGGUAACUGCAUAUGAAGCAUUGGAAAUGUCUGGAUUUGUUUUAAACGCGACACCAUCUUCACAACAAGACCGUGUUGGUACGUUCUAUGGUCAAACGAGCGAUGACUGGCGUGAGGUUAACGCAGCCCAAAACAUCGAAACGUAUUUCAUUCCAGGUGGCGUUAGAGCAUUUGCUCCUGGUCGGAUCAGCUACCACUUUGGGUUCCGUGGUCCUAGUUACAGCGUCGAUACGGCCUGUUCCUCUAGCUUGGCAGCGAUUCAGAUUGCAUGCUCAGCUCUAAAGUCAGGAGAGUGUGACACGGCAGUUACUGGCGGGGUGAAUAUCCUCACAGCACCGGAUAUCUUUGCUGGCUUGAGCAAAGGUCAGUUCCUUUCCAAAACUGGCUCUUGCAAAACAUGGGAUAGCAAAGCCGAUGGAUACUGUCGGGCUGACGGCGUCGGCUCGAUCAUUCUGAAGAGAUUGGACGAUGCAGUGGCAGACAAGAACAACAUUCUCGGAGUGAUCCUAUCCACUGCCACCAACCACUCUGCCGACGCGAUAUCCAUCACCCACCCUCAUGCUGGAAAUCAAGCUUAUCUGUACCAAAGUGUGAUGCACGAUGCUGGCAUCAGCCCCCUGGACGUGAGCUACAUUGAGAUGCAUGGUACAGGAACACAGGCAGGAGAUAUGACAGAGAUCCGCUCUGUGUCUGAUGUAUUUGCUCCUGAAGGUUCUAGAGGCGCCGGUGUUGAUGAAGCAUUGUACAUCGGAGCUGUGAAGUGCAACAUAGGUCAUGGAGAAGCAGCUGCGGGAGUCGGAGCACUCAUCAAGGUCCUUCUUAUGCUUCAAAAGAGUUCCAUUCCUCGCCACAUUGGAAUACAACAUGAGAUCAACCCUGGCUUCCCCGAUCUUCAAAGCCGCAACAUGCGGGUGCCUUUCGACAAUAUUCCAUGGCCAUCACGAAAUGGAAUGCCACGGACAGCAUUCUUGAACAACUUCAGCGCCGCUGGAGGUAACACCGCUAUGCUGAUACAGGAAAGACCAGCCAAAAGUUCAACACCCUUGGAUGAGGAUCCACGCACCUCGCUUCCCUUUGUUGUUUCUGCCAAGUCCCUAUCUUCGUUGCAAAGGAACAUCCAACAGCUAGUGUCCCACAUAGCUGGUACUCCGCACGAGGCAUUCUCGAGCUUAUCUUAUACCUUAACCUCGCGUCGUAUGCAUCACAACUACCGCAUCGGAGUGACAGCAUCCAACCUUGACGAUCUCAAAUCAUCGCUAUUGCAAAAGGCCGACGAAGGGAACUUCUCUCCAGUUCCAUCCGCAGCACCAAAGGUGACAUUUGUCUUCACCGGUCAAGGAGCGUACUAUUUCGGACUUGGGCAGGCUCUCCUGAAACAUUCGAAGCAGUUUCGAUCAACGAUUUUGCAUCUCAACGAGAUCUCGACAGCGCAAGGGUUCCCCUCUUUCCUUCCGGCGAUAAACGAAAUCGAAAUCGAACAGCCAUCGUCAUUGGUCCUUCAGCUUGCACUAGUAUGUGUUCAGAUCGCACUCGUGCAGCUAUGGAAGUCGUGGGGUGUCAAGCCCUCCCUCGUUGUAGGACACAGCCUUGGGGAAUACGCUGCACUCUACGCAGCCGGGGUCCUUACCAUGGAAGACACUGUCUACCUUGUAGGAGCUCGAGCACAUCUCUUGGAAACAAAAUGCAAAGAGAACACUCAUGCUAUGCUCGCAGUAAAAGCCUCUGCAGCGGAUAUUGAAUCAGCCGUCGGAGAUCUACCCUUCGACAUUGCAUGCUUGAACUCUCCAAACGACACUGUACUCGCUGGUAUAAUCGAAGAAAUAGACGCAUUGUCAAGAACUUUGAAGCAGGAAGGUAUACAGUGCACGCUCCUCAAUCUUCCAUAUGCAUUUCAUUCAGCGCAGGUUGAUCCAAUUCUCUCGAGCUUCGAAGAACUUGCCAGCGAAAUCAUGUUCAGAAAACCGAAAAUCCCAGUCAUUUCGCCGCUUCUUGGGGAGGUUGUCGAGGUGCAAGGGGUGUUCAAUGCCUCUUAUCUUUGCCAACACGCUAGAGAGCUCGUGAAUUUUGUUGAGGCACUCGAGACUGCAAAAGUACGAGGCCAUAUUACCGAAAAAACACUCUUUGUCGAGAUUGGACCACAUCCAAUUUGCUCCAGGAUGGUGAAGAGCACCUUUUCACCAGCAGUCUUUACGACUGCCACUCUUGUCAAGGGUGAAGACUGUUGGAAGAGCCUGUCAAACGCUAUCUGCUCUCUACACUGUGCUGGGAUCAUGGUUGACUUCCGCGAGUUCCAUCGCGAAUUUGAGUCUUGCCACAUCCUUCUCGACUUGCCAUCAUACAGCUUCGACAACAAGAAUUACUGGAUCGACUACGUGAACGAUUGGUGCUUGCACAAGGUAGAGCCUCGGAAUGCCAAGGCGAUUGAGGAUGUGCAGCUUUCCCCUCAGAGCAGACUUUCCACAACGUCAGUUCACAGGAUCACAUCAGAAUAUUAUCAUGAUGGCAAAGGCAAUGUCACUGCCCAAUCUGAUCUUACUCAUCCUAUACUACGGGCUGCUGUUCAGGGUCAUCAGGUCAACAACACAAGUUUGUUCUCAUCUUCCAUCUACGCUGACAUGGCACUCACUCUCGGUGACUACGUUUAUAGGCAGAUGAACCCUGGAAACCCUGCAUCAGGUGUCAACUGCGGGGAUAUGGAAGUUUUCAAGCCUCUCAUCAUCAAGGGUGUCGAGACCGAAACCCGUGUUUUGGAAAUCAGUGUAGAAGCUGAUUUGAACAAGGGCGAAGCAAAGGUUUCGUAUCACACUAUUGACCGUGUCUCCAAACAGUCAACCCUCCAUGCCACUUGUGUUGCUACAUUCGAGGAUACCACCGCAUGGACAACUGGCUGGAACAACAUGGCUUAUCUCAUUGAAGGACGAAUGGAAACCCUCAAAGAGAAGUUGGCAAGAAAUCAGGCAGACAAGAUGUCUCGCACACUUCUUUACAGACUCUUUUCGUCUUUCGUGGAUUACAAACUACCGUACCAGGGCAUGGAAGAGGUUAUCAUCGAUGGAGCCAACUUUGAAGCUACUUCCCGCGUUGUCUUCCAGACCCAAGACAAGGAUGGACAUUUCUUUUGUUGUCCGUACUGGAUUGACAGCCUUAUGCACUUGGCUGGUUUCAUCCUGAACGGCGGUAGUGCGAUUGACACAAAGCAGUUUGUUUACAUCUCUCAUGGUUGGAAGGCGUUGCGAUUCGCAGUACCGCUUGAGCGAACCAAAACGUACCACUCUUACGUAAAGAUGCAAAAUUCAGGCGAGAGCAACAUCAUGGCAGGAGAUGUUUACGUUUUCGAAAACAACACUAUUGUCGCCAUGUGUGUUGGACUCAAGUUCCAACGCGUUCCGCGCACGGUGCUCAACUCUUUUCUACCGCCGCAAGCUUCUGCAACUGGUACUGCGAUACGACCUCAACUUGACACAAAAUCAAGGAACUCGACUCUGGUGACAAGCAAAGCUCUCCCCGAUGCUGGAAGGUUCGAAAAGCCAAAGACCAACGUUAUCAAGCUAGCAUCGUCGUUGACCGCCCGGGUAAUGGACCUUAUCUCGAUGGAAUCUGAGUUGCCACUUUCAGAGCUUCAAGAUGGAUGCGCUUUCGCGAGCCUGGGUAUCGAUUCCUUGCUAUCCCUACAGAUACUGGGCAAGCUUCGAGAAACUCUGGAUAUCGAUCUCCCCGCAAAUGUGUUCAUCGAUUACGAGACUGUCGGAGACCUCAAAGCUUACUUGGAUGAGAUCAGUGGAGACAACGAUCCAUCAUCUGUUUCAACAAGCCCUGCCUCAACAUCGACUGCAGCAACAUCGCCAUCUAUUCUAACUGACGACGAGGAUAACUUCUCCGCGGACGUUGAUGCCAAAUUAUCGGUGCCGCUGCAGGCGUCCCUCCAGAUAGUUAAAGGCGGCUCUUCCGGCGACGAUCUGUUAGUACUCUUCAGGGAGACCAUCUCAGAGCAAAUGGGCAUUGCCAUUGAGGAGGUAGUCGGAUCCAACGAUCUUCUCUCUUUCGGAAUGGAUUCAUUGAUGAGCAUCUGCAUCCUCGGCAUCAUCAGGGAGAAGACCGAGUUGGAUCUGCCUUCGGAUUUCUUCUUGACGCACAACUCUGUUGAUGAUAUCGCGAGGUUUCUCAAUCCUACUCCGGUGGAGAACUCCAAGCCAGUGAAGGAAAAGCCGAAGGGGCCACGCAAGACCAGGACAAGCACCCCACGCCAGAUUUCUCAGCCAGCAGCACCGUUGCCGCGGGCAGUCUCGAUACUACUUCAGGGUAAGCCGCGUACAGCGACCAAAACUCUCUUCUUACUUCCUGAUGGUUCUGGAUCAGCCACUUCAUAUGUCGGCAUUCCGGCUAUCGAUCCAUAUGUUGCGGUGUACGGCUUGAACUCUCCAUACAUGAAAACACCUUCUCAAUUCACAAACGGGAUCUCGGGUGUGGCCACACAAUAUUUGGAAGAAAUUCGUCGUCGGCAAGCAAAAGGACCAUAUCACCUUGGCGGUUGGUCAGCUGGAGGUGUUGUCGCUUACGAGAUCACGCUCCAACUGCUAGCAGCAGGCGAACGAGUAGAGUCACUAUUCCUCCUUGAUUCGCCAUGCCCCAUCGCAUUGGAACCUCUACCAUCACGUCUGCACCACUUCUUCGCAGAUAUUGGGCUCAUCGGUAGCGACGAUGAAAGCAAGGUUCCGGACUGGCUUCUUUCGCACUUCGAAGCUAGCAUCAAAGCUCUGACAGCAUACAAGCCUCAACCUAUUCCAGCCAAGUAUAGCGGCCAAGGUCCUCGCACUUUAGCUAUCUGGGCUCGUCAUGGCGUGUGCAGGUACCCCGACAGCCCAAGGCCGGAGGUCAGGGGUGAUGAACCAAAGAGCAUGAACUGGCUACUCAACAAUCGCACUGACUUCGGGCCCAACGGGUGGGAUAAACUGCUAGGAAAUGUUGUAAUCGAAACUAUGAACCUUGACGGAAACCAUUUCACCCUGAUGAAGGGCAAGGAGGAAUUGUCUGAACUAGCGUCUGCAGUGGGGAGAUUUAUUUAG